UUCUCAAUUCCAAUCAGAAAAGUGAAUUCUGUUGCAUUGUGGGAUGAGCGGAAGUUGAGGAAGUCGUUCAGAAGAUUGAAUGUGUCCAAACAGCAGCAGCGGCGGCAGUAGAGAGACUUAGUGAAACUCACUGAGCCGGGAGAAAAUGCACGAGAGAGCAGAAGAAAAAAAUACACGCGGCUGAAAACAUCGAUUUGUAAAAGUUAUCAGAGUUUUAAAACCACUCUUCAUUAUGCAUUCGGACUGUAGGCUGGCAUGGACACAGUGGGAAUGGUGAGAGUUGAAUCGAACGGCGCAGGGCUUUUCUUCAUUUCAACAUUCAUCAUCGUCCUGAAUACCGGAGCGAGCAGAGCACAGAAAGGUGAUGGCUGUGGGCACACACUUCUGGGCCCCAACAGCGGGACUCUGUCAUCAAUCAAUUACCCCCAGACUUACCCCAAUGGCACCGUGUGUGAAUGGGAGAUCAGUGUGAGACGCGGAGAAAGGGUUACAUUUAAGUUUGCAGACUUUGACAUUGAAGACUCAGAUUCUUGCCACUUUAACUACUUGAGGAUAUACAAUGGCAUUGGUCCCACAAGGACUGAGAUAGGCAAAUACUGUGGACUGGGAUUGCAGUGGGACCAUCUGAUUGGAUCUGCAGGGAAUGAAGUCACUGUCCAGUUCAUGAGUGGUACACACGUUUCGGGGCGGGGCUUUCUUCUCUCCUACUCAACCACAGAUCAUCCAGAUUUGAUUACUUGCUUAGACAAAGGAAGCCACUUUACUGAGCCAGAAUUCAGCAAAUACUGCCCUGCUGGAUGCUUGACUGAUUUUGGGGAGGUUUCAGGAACCAUUCCUCAUGGAUACAGAGAUUCGUCCCUGCUGUGUAGGGCAGGUAUUCAUGCUGGGGUCGUCUCCAAUGUCCUUGGUGGACAGAUAAAUGUUGUCAACAGCAAAGGCAUCCCGUACUACGAGGGCUCUCUCGCAAAUAAUGUCACGUCCAAAGUCGGCCCUCUUUCUGCCAGCCUCUUCACUUUUAAGACCAAUGGCUGCUAUGGGACACUGGGGCUAGAGUCUGGAGUUGUCCGAAAUGCACAGAUCACAGCAUCCACUGUGCUUCAAUGGGACGUCAACGGGCAGCCAACUGUGUGGGGGCCCGAAAGAGCCAGGCUGAAGAAACCAGGCCCUCCCUGGGCUGCCUUAGAUACCAAUGAACACCAAUGGCUACAAGUGGAUUUGAAGAAAGAGAAAAGAAUAACAGGCAUCUCAACUACCGGAUCAACCAUGUCCGAUUACUAUGUCUCUGGUUAUCGAGUGCUGUACAGUGAAAAUGGGAAGAAUUGGAGUGUGUUCAGGGAAGCCAAUGCAGACCAUGACAAGAUUUUUCAAGGAAACGUUAAUUACUUUCAAGAAGUCCGCAAUAACUUCAUCCCCCCUAUCGAGGCCCGGUACAUCCGGAUUAACCCACUGCAGUGGCACCAAAAGAUUGCAAUGAAGGUGGAACUGCUGGGCUGUCAGCCAUCUUUAGGGAGGGCCCCGAUCCCUCCACCACUCCCCAAGAUCAGCACAGACUUUCCAGUGCAGUUAGACGAGACAACCUUCACCCCGGACAUCAGAAACACCACAGUGACUCUCAAUGGAACCAAAGACGUGGCCUUGGCGGCUGUCCUAGUUCCUGUGUUAGUGAUGGGUCUCACUGCACUCAUUUUAGUCCUGGUUUGUGCCUGGCACUGGAGAAAUAGAAAGAAGACUGCUGAAGGGACCUAUGACUUGCCGUACUGGGAUCGGCCAGGCUGGUGGAAGGGAAUGAAGCAGUUCUUGCCAGCAAAGGGUCCGGAGGUGGAGGAAUCCCCCGUCCGAUACAGCAGCACUGAAGUGAGCCGCCUGAGAGCGAGGGACGUGGGCCCCUUGUUACAGACAGCACCAGCAGAAUAUGCACAGCCUUUGGUAGGAGGAGUUGUGGGAACACUUCACCAGCGAUCUACUUUCAAGCCUGGGGAGGGUGUUGACCCCAGCUAUGCGGACCCUGACCCCUACGAUGCACCGCUGCAGGAGAUAUACCAUGCCUACGCAGAACCACUGCCAGCAUCAGGAGCGGAAUAUGCCACACCGAUCAUUAUGGACAUAUCCAGCCACCUGGCAGGAACUGUGAGCCAGCCACCCAUAUCCACCUUCAAAUCACCAGGGAUGGCACUUCUAUCCAGGACAGACAGCAGUGUUUCCACUGGACAUGUUCAGUAUGACACCCCCAAGGGGACCCUCAGCCCAGCCCCUGCUGCUGAGGAGCUGGUGUACCAGGUACCUCAGAGCAGUGUCCAGAAAGCGGUUGACAGUGGCUGACCAGGUGUGAAUCUAGGGUGGGGGGGGAAAGAAAAUUGGAUGUUGUUCACUGAAGCCUAGGUCAUUUUUAAAGCACACUACCUUAUUUUAUAUUCACAGAUCAGUGGGUCAUACUUUCUUUAGGAAGGAGUAAGCCCUGAUCCAGUCCUACUGAACUGAAUGUUAGCCAAGGGGAAGGUUACUGCUCAAUUUUCGCAGUCUAUUUUUUUCUCAUUUCAUUUUUUUGUACAGUCCUUUCUGAUGAAACUGUGAUGACAAAGUAUUUUUUUUCUAAUACCUAUCGAAGAAUUUCCAUUUAAUAUGAUCAAUAAUUUAUUUUAAAAUCAAAGAAAGGUGGCGGUUUAUAUCCAUGCCAGCAGCUUUGGAAGUCACGACACAUAUGUAAAGUAGACUCACGGUGGCAUUAAAUUUUAGAAGUGUCUGCUGCUCUGAGAUGAGGAUUUUUUUUUUAUGGCAACCAUUGUCUCAACAUCCAAACUCAGACACAAUACAAGCAGCUUAUUUGCUUUUUAAUAGAAACUGUAUAGGGAUUCCUUUUCACCAUUUCUGUAAGCUGUAAUAUUUUGGUUGGUUUAUAAAGAUAAAGUACUACAUAGUUAAAUUGAAAGAAAAUAACACUAAUGAUCCUUUUAGAAGCUGUUAUGGUUUGGUUUGUUAGACCUUCAGCUGUGAUAUUAACUGGAAACUAAGUAAUUGUUUAGCUGUAGUACUAAAUGAAGCAAUAAAAACGGUAAAGAGAGGAAAAACACAUCAGUACUUGCUAACAAGGACAGCUGCUUAAAAAUGUAUUAAGCAUGUAAAUUACUCUGUGUUUUAUUACAUGCUUUGACUAAUUGCUUCAAGUUUUAAAGAAAAUCAGUUUGCCAAUUGCAUAAUUCUUUCCAAAUACUCAGCCCAAUAUAGAAAAGCUAUUAUUCCCCUACUAGAAAUAUAGAAGUUACUCACAUUAAGUAUCUGUGUAAUAAUUUUAAUGAAUCUGUUUUGCACUGUUUUUCUAGCGAUUUUACUGUGUUGUGCAGAAUUUUGCAUUUAUGAGAUCUGUUUGAAGGUUGUACAGACUCAUUUUGUGGAAUUGGAUUUCACAUUGUCUGGUUUAAAAGUGAGAUCAAUGUUGUGUGUUGUCACUGCGAAACUCUGAUUGCACAUGCCUAUAAUGUAGAGAUGAACAGAUGCCUAGAUAUACUGUACUGCCUACAUUCUCUCUGCACACACACAUACAAACCUAAAACCUGUGGUUCCAUCACUGGAAUUAGAAAUGGUUUGCCACGCAUUUUACUAGAUGCAAACCUUCUUAGUUUUCAGUUCUUUGUGAAUAUUGCCCUGUUGCAACAUCAUUAAGAACUUAUGAAGUGGACAUUGACCUGUGCCCUGUUUGUUCUGGUCUUGUUAAGUUUUACAUGUGUUUGUGUGUUUGGUAGACUUGAAAGACAAAUUUUGGGUGAAGUCUUACAACAGAGUUGCAUUUUAUCUGUUGACUCCACACAGCCAUCUUCAUUUUUGAAAUAUUGGGAUUUCAGGGAGCUCUACAUAAUAUAAUACAGUACAGAAUAAAUAUAUAGCAUCGUGCAUGAGCAAAUAUCUCAAGGUUCUGUACAAGCAGAAUCUUUUGCAAAAAAGAAAGUCCUCACUCUAAAUUUGAAAAUGUGAAUAGUUUCUGCAACUGAAUGUAUUUGGCAAUAAAUGGCACAUCUUCCAUCCACACUAGAAGCUCUUUGGAUAGUUUAGAGCAACCAGAUGUCAGGAAACAGCCAGGUUCAAGAGAAGGAAAAAAGGAUUUUGCAGCAACAGGUGGUUUAAGAGGUUACUGUAGAAACUCUGUACUGAAUAUCUAGCAUACAUAACAAUUAGGAUGUAUUUAUCUUCUCAUGUUUUAAUAGUUAACAAAGGUGUCAUGACAAGCCAAAGAAUGCAGAGCUCUGCAUGAAACUGUAAUUGUAGCACCAUUCAAAUUUGUAAAAGUGUCCGGUACCAACCGACUUAUGAACAUGCAAUGUAAUCCCUUUGAGUUCAGAUACUCAGCUGGCACUAGCAGCAUGAUUUCCAAAUAGGAACAUGAUUGCAAAAUAGACUGGUAUGUCAUUUAAUCACUUUUUUGUGUAUUUUAAAAGUCAGCAACAACAAUGCACCAUGUUUUGAAUCCUUAUAAAAGUAGGGAGCACAUGCUAACCUUUAUGAAUAUGGCACAUUGUCCAUUUAACUGUUAAAUAAAAACUGCAAAGGUUGAGUAAUGAAAAUAGAGAAUAUUCUUAAUGUGUUUGUAGUAUGUGAUUUAAUCUUAAGUAUUUUCACAGCUUACCCUCCAGCAUUGUGACUCGGCAGAUCAGUUACAUUUGAUUGCAAUUUUCUGUAGAACUUUGAAAUGAAGUUUGACUGUGCAUGUUAGUGAUGUGAAAUUAACACAAGGAUUAAACAUGUGAUGCGCUGUUUAACUCUGCACUGCAGAAAAGAGGGCAACAAACAAUAACUGUCCUCAAUUGUAAUCUAGGAAACUGUUGCAUAGCCCGUGUUUAUGCACAGUUUUCAUUAUUUUUCCAUAGAAGACACUAAUAUGAUUGAUAGGAUAUCCGGGGGUUACAGAAGGAGUUGAGCACUAGGAGUUUCUGUAUUUUUUUUUUUUUUUUUUUUUUUGGUCAAGCCAGAUCAGUGGUUGCAUUAGCGUUUGAUGCAUGGACAAUUUGCAUUGUACAUUUUAUAUUUGAUGUCAACUGCCUAAGUUUCUUUGCAGUAAUCCAGCCAUAUGUAAACAAGUAUAUUAUCAGAAAUGAUGUACAGUCACAAUUUUAAUUAACAUCUUGUUUCACUUUUUGUCCAGCUGAAGUGAUUUCAGCUUUCCAGUGCAAAGAUUGUGUAAAAGCACAAUGACCGUACACAAAUUCAGGGACAGAACGUUUUGGUUUCAGUGGGGUUCUCUUGUGCAAACUGAGCACACACACACUCACACACACAUGAAUAUAAGACAAAUAGAAAAAUGGUGACACUUUGAAAGGCAGUAUCAUAUGAACUGACAUUUGGUUGUGUGCUAUAUUCAUUACUUUAUCAAAUCCAAAGUGGUCUAUAAUAUGAUACUGGAACCCAAGUACAACUGCUCAUUAUUUUUAAGCAGCAGUGAUGUUUAAAGUAGUUCAUUUGCUUAUACAGAGCCAAAAAGCUUUUAACCGGAGUCAUUUUGUGUCAGCAGUUUCCUGUGCGUUAUGGUCUUAAUGAAAGUUAAGUGCUUCUAAAUCUUUUUUCCCCUCAUGAUCCUAAAGCAUCAUAAAAUCAGAAUGAAAAGAGUACUGGCAAGCUUUUUAAAGUGAAUCCCCUGAAUGUGCAUUAGUACAUUUGUCACUGAAUUUUUCAUUUUGAAUGUAUUUGAGGAAUCUGUUUCAGGUCAUCGCUAAUCUUUCUUUUCAUUUGGUCCAUUCCUUAGUGAAGUGAGCACUUGCAGUGUACUACCUUCUGUUCUGUGCUGAAUGGAAAUCAAGGAGCAGUUUGUAAUAGAGUCUGACCUAGAUAAGAGAGUACAUAACAUCAUUUCAACUUCAUCUUCAAUGUGGCUGACCUGAAGUUGGUGAAACACUGUUUUUUUAGUGUACAGUUACAUUUGAAGACCUGCAUUUGGAUGUUUCACCCUUUCCAAAUGGUCAGGUUGCAAAGAUAUUUAUUUUCUUUGUGGUCUUCUAACUGUGGUUGGUUGAAAAACAGUGAAUACAGAAGUAAAGUCAGUACAAGGUGCAAUGUAAAAAGCAUCACCUGACACACUUCCGUUAUCGGUGAAUCCCAGAAUGUAUCUUGUCUUACCUCGCAUGUACUGCAGUCAAUCCAUAUUUGUAUAUGUUGGUGGAAUUUAGAUUGUAUACAGAGAUGUUUUUUUUUUUUUUUUUAAAUGUAUGUCUUUUAAUAAAAAUGUAAAGGAACUAGA